AUGGCUCUCCAGGAUAGGUUGUAUGACUUUGUGAAUUUUUUCCAUGUCGAAGGGAGAAUUAACAGAUAUACUUUAGGGUUAGAUAAAUAUCCACGUUUUAGUUUCUUCCUUCAAUGGAGGAUUGCAGAUCUAUUAUUUUUAUUGGUGUUAUUUAUCUCAUUUUUUGCUACCAAUAAGUUGCAGCCCUUUCAAAGACAAUUCAAUAUUAAUGAUUUGACGAUUCUGCACCCAUUCGCAGAGCAUGAAAGAGUCACAGACUCGCAAUUAUUUUUCUAUGCUAGCUGGGUACCAAUCUCAGUGGUAGGUGUGAUUGGAUUGCUCAUUACUAAACCAAAGAAUAAAAUCUAUUUCACGUACAUUUCUCUCAUUGGAUUGUGUAUUUCUAUUUUACUCACUAGCUCUGUUACAAAUAUCUUGAAAAAUAGUAUCGGUAGAUUGAGGCCAGAUUUCUUAGCCAGAUGUAUCCCCAAGAAGGGAACUCCAAUAGAUGUCAUGGUAUUUGCCAAGGAUGUCUGUACAACAACAAACACGUCGUUAUUGUUGGAUGGUUUUAGAACUACACCUUCAGGACACUCGAGUUUGAGUUUUGCUGGUUUAGGCUAUCUCUCAUUGUGGCUUAGUGGACAAUUUGUAGUUGCAAAUCAUUCUGUGGGCUCAUGGAGGAGUGUAGUUAGUGCCAUACCUGCAUUUGGAGCAGCUUUGAUUGCACUUAGUAGGACAGAAGAUUACAGACACCAUUUUAUUGAUGUCCUCAUAGGAAGUGUUCUUGGUAUUUUAAUCUCGUGGUGGAGUUACAGACGGUACUUCCCCUCGAUAACUGAUGAAAAGAGCUAUGUACCCUACUUAAUCCAAGACGGUGAGAGGGAAGAUGAGGAAAAUCAUUUCUACGAUAGGUUAGAGAGACAACAGGGGCAACAAGAGGAUGUGUAG